UGUCCCUUACAUGCCAUCUAUAGAUUAGCAUAUGAUUGUUCUGCAAUCUCAAAGCUCAACUCCCAAGAUAACUAACAUAACCGAAAAAUCAAACCAUGUUCCCAUUUUUUAGGUACAACUCUGUCUUCUUCUUCUUCAUAUGUCUUUGCUUCCUCUGUUUUUCCCGCCCUGCCUUUCCCGCCAGAAUCUUACCGGACUCAGUACCUGUAUUAACUGAUGCCUCCGACGUCCACAAUGCCACAUGGCACGGCUUCUCAAGGUUCCUAGACGCCGGCAGAGGAAGCCUAGUCAGCGGCAUGUCGGAGCUCAAGAACUACAUGCACCGCUUCGGCUACUUACCCAAUUCCAACUUCACCGAUUUCUUCGACACCGAAUUUGAGUCGGCCCUGACGCUAUACCAGUCCAAGCUGAGCCUGCCCGUUACAGGCAAGCUGGACACUGACACAAUCUCAGCGAUCAUUUCGCCUAGAUGUGGUGUUAGUGAUGCGUCGCAACAUACUGCCUUGCAUGCGACCCGUCACUUCGCCUACUUCUAUGGCAAGCCGAGGUGGGAGCGCCCUUCCCCGCUCACUUACGCUUUCUCCCCCAACCACACGGUCAGUUACCUGAACCCAUCGGAUGUUCGAGACAUUUUUUGCCGCGCUUUUUCGCGGUGGUCGGCGGUUAUCCCCGUGAACUUCACCGAGACGCAGAACUACACUUCCGCGGAUAUUAAAAUAGGGUUUUACCGCGGCGACCAUGGAGACGGGAAGCCGUUCGAUGGGGUGUUAGGUGUGCUGGCGCAUGCUUUUUCGCCCGAAAACGGGCAGUUCCACCUUGACGAGGCGGAAUCGUGGGCCAUUGAUUUCAAAACGGAUAAGUCAAAGGAGGCGAUUGAUUUGGAAUCGGUGGCGACUCAUGAGAUAGGUCAUGUACUCGGGCUGGCUCACUCCUCGGUCAAGGAGGCCGUGAUGUACCCGAGCCUGCGUCCUCGGACCAAGAAGGUGAACCUCAGGGUUGAUGACGUGGAAGGUGUCCAAGCUUUGUACGGUUCAAACCCUAAUUUCAGGUUUAGCUCAUUGCUGAGUGAAAAUUCUUACAACCAUGCAGUUUCUUUGGACCCGAGGUCUUCCUCUAAGUGGUCAGUUUCUUUAACACUCACCAUCACUUUGGUAUUAAUUUUAGGCCUUUGGCAACCUGAGAAUUAUUGGUAGCCUCCAAUUUUCUAUUCUUAAUC